CAUAAUAACAAGCUGACCGGCCCUCUUCCUUCCCAAAUUGGGCAUUUGAAGCGUCUUAAAAUAUAUUAUAAUCCUUUACUUGUGUACUCCUGUUGAAGUAUCUAAUGUUCAGUAGCUGUUACAUACUGAUAUUUAUGUUGAGAGCUUAUGCUGUCUCCGAACAGCCUGAUUCUCCAGUUUUAGGAUAACAUGUGUUUAUCUUGUUAAAGUCUUGCUAGGUGGUUUUAAUAUGAUUCAACUAUGCUGUACAAAGUGAUUACAUACAUGGCUUUUUUUAUCGAGAUGAAAUGGAUUUAUCUUGUCUACCUUAUUAAUGAUUAAUCCCCAAAAAGGGAGUGGAAUUCGCAAUGAAGAAGAAAGAUAAAUUUUCAGCUGAGAAGAUAAGUACUCGUAGGUUUAAUUUCUAAAAACAAAAACAGAGUAGGUUUAUUAUCAAGGAGAUGUCACUUAAUUUAGAAGGCCUUUUUAUAUUCUCUUAGGAUUGUAUUAGAUGUAUAUCUCAACAUCUACUUUCUUUUGCCCUUUAACCUAACUUGUAAGUUUUUCUUUUAUCCAUAGGAACCUACACUUUGUCCUAGAAUGUUGUCAACUUUGAAAUUUACUUUUAUUAUUGGUUUUCUUACCCAACAUACUAUGGUGAAAUUAUACUUGGUAUCCUCUAUUUCCUGGUGUGUUGUAAUGUUGCACUGUUGAUUAGUUCCUAUUCUUGAUUCUUUUUACCGGAAAUGUUAGGUGGAAUAAGCUGCAAGAUGUCAUUCCACCUGAAAUAGGUGAAC